UAUGGCUGAAAAUCACACGAGCUGAAAGUAAUUCAUUAUUGGGUGGACUGCAAUGCACCUGGCCAGCGCAUUGAACGCCUGGAGUAUAGCUAUCUGAGCUAUUGCCAGCUGGAGGAUGAUCGGUGAUAAAAACACGGAGGAAACAUGACCCGAGCGCCCCCACACAAGGAUCAACAAGCGCGCGGCUACGGUGCUGGGAACAAAGAUCGCGGAAGGCAGGUCAGGUCUGGCUUCCCAAUGAGUGGCGCAGGAAUUGGAGCAUUGUCCAUGUCGCACCGAUAUUCUCCGAGCGAGGGAACAUGGGUUCGUCGGAUGCCAACACCAGAAAGGCGAGGCGAUCCUGAAAGAUCAGGCACCUGCCGAGAUAACAAACCCGCGAUCACGUGCGGCGAUCCUUAUCGAUCGCCUCCGCCCCCCCGUUGGAUUCUGGGGUCCAAACUCCCUCCCAUCUGGCCACCUCGUCGCUCCUUGCUUUGCUAUUGCUUCCGCUGAGUGCGCUAUGCCGCGCCCCUUGUCUGCUUCGCCCGGUCGCUACUCUCAAUUGACCCGUUAAAGACUCCCGUUUACCCCUCGAUUCCCUCGGUCC